GGAUAAUACCAAAGCAGCAGAGCAUUGAGAGUACCAGAAUCCACCGAUAGAAAAAAGCAGCCAACCUACCGAAAAACCAAACGACACUAAUGGCCUUAAUGAUUAGAUGAAAGUAAGCGAUGAAGGAAACCCAAAACCAAGAUUGAAUGACGGCGGGGAAUGUAGUGGUGCCAUGCCCGGAUAUACAGGAAGUAUAAGGAACACCAGGAAAAAGCUGGUAUAACCAAAAGAGCAAGGAAGGGAAAAAACAAAACCAAAUACAGCAAAAAGGCGAUAAAAACAAAACGAAACGAAACAAGUGUUCUUAAUACAAAAAAAAAGGGAAUCUUGUAGAUGCGAAAAAAGGCAACAAACUAAUAGAGAAUAUGCUGACGUAAGCCACGCAAUAAAGCAGCCAGAGGGACAUAAAAGGAGUUCAUAAAAAAUACAACAACAACCUUAAGGAGGGAAAAACGAAAAAAGGCAGAAACCAAUAAACCCCAAAAAAAUAAACGAAACCAAGUAAAAUAGAGCGACAACAACUUCAGAAAGAGUAUCCAGCAAAGGGAAACGAAUAAGACAAACAGACGCCUGCCAGCGUUGUGGUUAGAAACAAAGCAAACCCCUGCCAGCAACGAGGACAACGAAUUCGACGGUAAAAAGCACACAAACUAUGCGAACAAAAAUAGCCAGAAUAGUGUGUGGUGGCGUAACAUGAGCUUAAAUGAUGGUCUAAGGAAAAAAUAAGCAAACCAACACAAAAAAGAAGACACUGGAAAUAUUCACACACAACAGCAGCCAAAGGCGAGGGCGAAGAAAAGGACGAAAACACAUUCUGGUGAUGCUUAUCCAAGUCAGUUUGUUUUUUGGCUAAGGAAUGGCCAUCAUCAUCAUCAUUCGCUUUGCUCAUAGAAAAUGUCAAGUGAUGGGGGCAUGAAUGCAGAGCUUUAAGCCAUCACUCCAAUAGGGAUUAGGCAGACCAAAGGGAAACGCUAAGCUUCUUGCCAAAGAAGACAUUGAUAACCCCCCCCCCCAACCAUAUUCGCAGCGCUGGUAUUAUCACAGCAAUAGGCGGUGUUGAAAGCACAAAUUGGCCCUCUAUGAAUAUUCUGAGCUGCAACAGAAUUUCCGCCCAUCACGUCUGGCCAGCUGUAAAUGAUGUACUUUUGACGCAUCACCACCACAACCACCACAUAAUUAAAUUGCAACCAAACAAUUUCACAAUCCAGAAAAUUGUCAAACUCAAACAAACUCUUUAAAGGUUUUUAAGGUGAAAAUGGCCAGCAAUAUGUUUAGCAGUACAGGCCCCUCGAGACUUAGCUUUAUUGUCAUUGUGCUUUGUGUUCAUAUUGUCCUCAUCGAAAGCUGCCCGGCCGAUGUGUGCAUAUGCAAAUGGAAAGGUGGCAAACAAACGGUGGAAUGUGGCAGCCAAUCACUGCCUAACAUACCGGAGGGCAUGGAUCCUGGCACUCAGGUGCUCAACUUUUCCGGCAACUCCUUGCAGGUUUUGCAAAGUGAGCGUUUCUUGCGCAUGGACCUCUUGAAUUUGCAGAAAAUCUAUUUGUCCCGCAAUCAACUGAUACGAAUACACGAGAAAGCUUUUCGGGGCCUUACAAAUCUGGUGGAGUUGGAUCUAUCAGAGAAUUCGCUGCAGCACAUACCCACGGAGACGUUUCAGGACUACAGCUCGCUGAUGCGCCUAUCGCUCAGUGGCAAUCCCAUAAGAGAGCUGAAAACGGCAGCAUUUCGUUAUCUCUCCUUCUUGACAACGCUGGAGCUGAGCAAUUGCCAGAUUGAGCGCAUUGAAAAUGAGGCAUUUGUGGGCAUGGACAAUCUGGAGUGGCUGCGUUUGGAUGGCAAUCGCAUCAGCUACAUACAGGGCAAUCAUAUCCUGCCCAAGUCUUUGCAUGGCAUUAGCUUGCAGAGCAAUCGCUGGACCUGUGACUGUCGCCUGCUGGACCUACACUCUUGGCUCAAUAGCUACAAUACGCCUCAAACGGAAGAGCCCAAGUGCGUCGAGCCUCUUCGACUCAAGGGUCAGGUUAUCAAGUCCUUGAAAAAGGAAGAAUUUGCUUGCUUGCCCGAGGUGACUCCCCAAUCCACCUACACCGAGGUAUCGGAAGGCCGCAACCUAACCAUUUCAUGUGUGGUAAGGGCCAUACCAGAGCCCAAAGUUCUAUGGCUGUUUAAUGGCCAAGUCAUGUCCAACGAUAGUUUCAUCGAUAACAUGCACAUGCUCUACUACAUUGAUGAAUCCUCCACCUCGGCUGAGGAGAAGCACAGCGAGAUAUUCAUUUACAAUGUCGGUGUGGAGGAUAACGGCACCUUUUCGUGUGUGGGCCAGAAUAUUGCCGGCACCACUUUCAGCAACUACACCAUACGGGUAAUGAUUAAGGAGCCACCCAUUGUCAACGAGGUCUCCUUUCCCCAGAAUUACAUGAACUACAUAGUGGCCAGCUCGGCGGGUGGGGGUAUUAUAUUCGUUCUCAUCAUGGCCUUCAUUGUGGUCCAAUGCAAGAAACGCCAAAAUCCAGUAAAACGCAAGAAAUGUCCCUCAUCUGCAGUGACCACAGUGAAUGGCAACAACACUUCCUCCUCGGACGGCUCAUCUUCGAACGAUACCGGCCUCAUGAAGUGCUCGUCCAUCAUUAAUGACAGUGACAGCCUAAAUGGUAAUUCCGGCUUAAUUUUGGGACAAUGCGACAACUUAACGCCCACUAAGUUAGCCAAAGAGAAUGGUGUCAUUUUGGGGCAACAAAUGAAGCAAAAUAUAAUGCUCUUUAAUCCCAUGGACAGUUCGACACAAACGCUACAGUUAAGUGUUAACAUGGCCGCUGCUUCGGCUGCCUUAUCCUCGGCCACACCGCCACCACCGCCACCCAGCUCGUUGAUGGUAAAUCCGGCCCUAAGCUCUACACUGGCCUACUGCUCGCCCCCCUCAUCGUUGAGAAACUAUGCCGAGAAAAAUCCUGAUUUGGUCAAUGAUGCCGAAAGUGGUGUGAAACACAAACUGAAAGCGUCUGCCUCACUCGAUGCCGCCGGUUCGGAGUAUGACAGUCAAAGUGAUUGCCAAAAUCCAGUGCAAUAUGAGCAGUACUAUCAACUGUCGGCUCCACAAUUUGGCUCGCAAAUCUUGAGGCCGAAUACGGCUGCUGCCAUGGCAGCCUCACGUUUCGGUGGCUUGACAACCUUACCCAGGGGCAUGCAGCUGAAGACGGUGAUGAACUCCAUACCCACACAUCCGGUGGAUGUGCAUUUGAAUCCUGUAUGUUUUUUGGGACAAGAUGGCUUUGCCUAUGACUACAGUAAUGCCCAUCUGCAGCAAUCGCCACAACAGCCACCGGCCCAUCACCAUCUGAUGCAACAACAGGCGGCCAAUCAACAACAGCAACAGCAGCAGCAACAACAACAGCAACAGAAUGCCCUGCACCAGCAACAACAGCAACAGCCACAGCAGCAACAACAACAGAAUUUCUAUCGCACCCUGCCACACAAACAUAAACAGCAACAAUUUGCCAAUGCCAACAAUAAUGGCAUGCGCUACAGCCUGGAGGCUGAAUUUCUACAGCAACGCUCCAUGACUCCAACCACAUAUGACAAAUAUAAUCUACCAAAUGUACGCUUCACCGCCGAGGGUUAUCCGCAAACGCAUCUUGUGCAGUAUCCCUCACCACCCGAGGGCUACAAGACCACCAGCACUGUAGAACAGGUGGGUAUUGCUGUACAGCAGCAACAACAACAACAGCAAUGGCCACCCUGCUUGCCCGGCUAUCAUGCACAGCCGUUGCACUAUGGUGGCAACAUCAUGGGCCUGCUGAGUCCUCAACAGCAGCACCAACAGCAACCACUUACCUCUUUAAAUUCUCUAAACUCGCCCAUGAAUGCCACCGGUGCAUCGAAUCCCUCUAAUGCGAGCAUUUCCUCAUCUGUACAAUCACCAGCCUCAUCUGCAUCAUCAUCCUCCUGCUCCUCAACCUCCACCUCCACUUCAUGCUCCACCGUUUCGGCAUCAACCGCAGAUGCCCGCAAGCGUUGUGUGGCCGCCCAGGCCGAUGCCUCCACCAUACCCGAAUGUGACGAAAGUGAAAUUUCACCCUCAACCUCAUCGCUGACAGUGGCGACUGAGGCAUCCACCACAACAGCCGCCGAAGCAAACCAAAACAAUAAACGUUAUCUCAACGGCCCCCUGGCCGACAGUCCAGAUGAGGGCUAUGUGGGAGAUCCGCACGAUGCAACGACUGAUAUGUGACUGCAACUGCAACAGCACCAGCUACAGCAACAACAGCGUCUUGCAAAGGCAAACGGUUCGAUGGCCAUGUCGCCUCGCAGCAAUGUGACCGCUCCAACCUCAGCCACAUCCCCCUCAUCAGUGUCAUCAAUGUCAACAACAGCAACCACCUGUAGUAGUUUGUCGAACACCACCACCUUACCUGCCUCUAAAUUGAAUGCGUCCACAACGACGUCCAACAGUAAGCCUCAUCCCACAGCGGCAUCCAUAUCGACAGCAACAUCAUCUUCACUGUCCGAUGAUUCAGUGGCUUUGUAAAAAAAAUUUAUUUUGUAAGUUUUGUAACUGAAUAGGAUGUGCUAGGGCUUAUCUGCCGGCUGCAGGAAACAAAAAUCGCAAAUGCAAAGAUUUUUCUUGGUUGGUGGGGUAUUGGAUUGCGACCGAUCAUCAUGCAAAUAUUAAUGCGUUAUCAUUUCCAGGCUUGUCCGUCUGUGUAGGGUUAUCCAAUUCAUGGUUAAUUAGAUAACCACAAAGCUUAAUUGCUUUCCCAAAAAGUGGGGGCCAGUGGAGGCCACAGAGUUUAGCUUGUCCGCCCUUGACGCUGAAUGUCUCUGGGUUCUAAUCCCUGCGCGAACAUUAGAUAAACUUUUCUGCGGUGGUUAUCCACUCCUAGUGCUGGCGACACUUGUCAGGUUGUUGUUGUAGCAGAGUGUUGUACACAGAGGCGGCAGCUCUUGCCGAUGAGGAACUUUAUCGGGUCAAUCCGGUACCCACAACAGGCUGACAUGGGAUUGUCACUUGUCAGGUAAUCAGCCCGGUAAACUUUUCUUCUCUACAAAGUGCUGUAGCUCUGCGACACUCAGUUCGGAUUUGGCCAUAAAAAGGAGGUCCCUUAUCAUUGAGAUUUAAAUUGUAUAGCAUAGAACUCAUUGAUGUGAGGAAAUUAUUCCCAAUGAAAUGUUCAUGGGUAAAUUUGUAUUUAUUCAAAAAACUGGCCAGGUGAUAUUUGAAGGUAUAUAAAGUUCUGCAUUUAUUCUCUUUAUUAGUCAGACAGUUUAUUCCACUAGUCGAACGUUGACUAGAGUUCUCAGAUUUUCCCAAUUUUCUACCCUCCUUCUCCAAUCUAUGACACCCAGUUUCGAGAUGUCUUUCCCCACUUGCUCUUACUAUAGGCGUUUUGGUUGUUGUUGUUCUUGUUUUAGCAGUGUGUUGUGUUCUAUCUUUCGUCUGCUUGAUUCUGUUGAGUGUCCAGAUCCAGAAACUCUGCGGCUGAGAUGGGAUGCGUCCAGAGCGAUAUGGGUCUGUGACGAGUGGGUCUGGCUGGGCAGUUAAAAAGGUGAAAUGUGUCGUGUGGUCCCUGGUCACAAUCGGGACAUACAUCCUGCACGUUGACAUCUGCCAUAUCAAUUUCAAUUUCUUCAUGUGUAAUGGGAGGCGGUCGUUCUCCAAGAACCAUAUUCGCCCGGUAGCUAUUCACCGCAUCUGCUACCGUGUCUGCAUGAAUGUUGUCUAGGUCCGCUUGAUACGCCGCUUGAUCUAGAGGUCCUCUCUUGUAGCGCUGGACCUCACGCUCUAGAUCAGAUCUAGACCUUAAGGCUUCUGGGCGGUGAAUACCUGUAAUUUUGACGGUCUCUGCGAUAACAGCCCGGAAGGUAUUGCUUAGACAGCAUGUUGCUAUGUCUUCGCACUGGUAAGAUCUUUGUCUCCUGAUGGAGGUGGUCCACGUGAGAACUGGGGAGACAGUCCGUCGUAUAUCGUAGGGUGGCAUUCUGACAGAUUUGAAUAUUAUUUCACUGCGUGUCACAAAGCUGACGAGAUCACUUUGGCGCUGCAUAACUUACCAUAGAUCGGCCAAUUGCUUUGCACGUGGUUUCUUUGUCAGCACCCCAAGUGCUGCCGGUAAGUAACAUGAGGACCUUGUUUCUAUUUUUGACCUUAACGCAAAUUGCUGUGGCAUGGGAGGAGAACUUGUAAGAGUUGCCUAAUGUGACACCAACUAUUUUGGGACACUUGAAGGUCGGAAUUGUCACCCCGUCAACCAUCACUUUCAGCUUCCUACGCACCUCGUGCGAGUAUGUAGUGAAGAUUUGGUGGCAGAUAUCUUCAAAUUUCUUGCAGCGAAAUAUGAGGCAUGUUCGUUGAGUUAGAUGUUUAACCUAUUGCAGAUGUCAUCAAUGGGUGGGGGGCCUGAU